AUGAAAGGAGACAUGUCUGAACCUUUUCUUGGAUUAUCCGAAGAUGAUCAGCGGCUGCUUCACGAAACUGUUGAGAUUGUAUUCCACUCCGCUGCGACUGUCAGAUUUGAUGAAGAACUAAGGUAUAUAUGGACCACAUUAAUCUGUAUAAUCAUUUACAAAUAUGACUGCAAACCUACAUUUUAGCGAAUAUUUAACAAUUUAGUCAAAUAUUGUGUGAAAAUCUUGAAAGUUUGGUUGCAGUGGAGCUGCUCGGUUCAUUUUCUUAAUCGAUUAAUCGAAUUGAUUAAUUAAUUUAAAUUUGAAAUGUGCCUCUCUUGUUGUAACCCUGUUAUUCAGUCAGAAUUUGUUUGAAAUUAUUCUUUACUCAAGGUUAGAUAGACUUGAAAUUAUUCUUUACUCAAGGUUAGAUAGAUAGACUUGUUCAACUCGACUGGUAAUCCUCGCUGCGCUCGGGAGGCUCUAGAGCUGUGCAAACUCCGGUUAUUUUAGCUCCGGCUCCGACAGUCGAAACUCCGGCUCCGGCAAAGAAAUUUUAAGGAAAUUUCAUAUUUAAAAGUAGAAGCGACGAAAGUAUUUCAGUGUAAUUUCAGAAUUUUUUUUAUUCCUUUUUGAGCUUUCUCCUUUACUUUGCUUGUUUAAACAAUGUUUGGCAGCGUGGUAUUUUCGCCCAAAAUACAUCGGGGUCAGCGUAUUUUUGUAUCAAAGGCGAUAGCAAUGCGCUUGCAGAUCGGAGCAAGUAAUUAUUAAACAUCGGAUCGGAGCAAGUAAUUAUUAAACUUUAUAGUAACUUCAAAUCAUUCAACUUAAUUUUUCCAUUACCAACAGUUCAUUGAAAUAUGAAAUAAUUUUGUCUGCCGGAGCUUUUGCCGGAGUUUUCCAACAACGGCUCCAGCUCCGGUAAAAUAUGCCGGGGCUCCGGUAAAAUAUGCCGAGGCUCCGGCUCCGGCGCACAGCUCUAUCGGGAGGUCGGGCAAGGCCGGAUUUUGGUGGAAGUGCUGGGGCAGGUGGAAAUAUAUUUAGGGAAGGUGCAGCGUCUAGCCCACGGUCCCCAUGGAAUGUUAGGACUUAGAAUGUAGCCCAACUACAUAAAGCCAACUACAUGACGUAUGCAUGCACUGUACAUAUGUAUCUGUGUAUUUAUGAAUCAUGACUGUACGACGCAUCCAAUAUUGCUCUUCAUUACAUUACUACAAAGCUUAUUUCGAAAUAUUCCAUUAAAAGGGCACUUGAUACAGAGAUGAAUAGUUAUCAGUUUUUCAAGUGUAGACUCUAAGCAACGCAUAAAAAUUUCACUUUGACCUAUCAUUUAACCUUUCCCAAGGGAAGGUGCAUGACGUUUCAGGGGAGGGUGCAAAAAAUCUUAGCACCUGCCAACGCCUCUCUUCAAAAUCCGACCAUGAGCUCAAGCUCAAUUCGUUUUAUUCGCUCACUGGUUUUCGCUUGUUUUACUCCUUACUAUGCGAGACAAGUUACAAUCAAUGCGUUACGAUUUGAGUCGAAAUGAUUGUUAAAAGCUAGAAGACCUAAAGCCCUACAUUUUAGCUUGUAUUCAUUUUGAAAUCCGUGAGGUUUGUUAUAAUCUGAUUGGCUUAAAGCAGUGCGAUUACAGCACGAAUCGCACUGGUAUCAGUGAGAGCUGUAAUCCUUUUUUCAACUAAUCCGAUAUAAUUAUAGGAUUCAAUCAGCCAAUCAAUUUUAAGGAGAAUUUGAUCAGGCAAUGACGAAAUCAAAUCUGAUCAUCAUGAUCAAUCUGAUCAUGGUAUUAGUACAAUUUGUAUUAGUUUUAAUAUAAUGCUAUAGGGAGGUGUCUUUUCUAAGCAAAAAUAAUGUUUUCUGUUUACACUACUAUACGCUUUCGCAACCUGGUGGUACUGUUUCAGGCCCACUCCCGUCGGCUUUAAUACUUAAAAAUUUUCAACACACAAUUAUAAAUGUCCGUCACCAGUGUCUUUCAACGUCCUUUGACUUUGAAGGCUUUGGUUGAAAAGACUUUUUCAGGCUUUUCUGAAUAUUUGUAACCUCUAAUCUACGCAAUGAAACGUAGGAUUUUCGUAUCCCUUUACAAACGGUUUAUAGUCUUUCGUCUUCAAGAUGUUCCUUUUUGUUUUCUUAAAGACUCGCUUUAAAGUUGAACGUUGUUGGUCUGGAGCAUGUCUUGGAACUAUGCCGUAAUGUGAAGAAACUGGAG